AUGUGUAGUGAUUACACAUUGCGAGAGCUAGUGGUUGAAUUGAAAACUGAUGAAACUAGGCCUCGUCUGCCAAAGAAGGCCGAGAGAUUUGUCUUCUUCCGAAUUACCAAUGAGAAGGAGUUCAAGAAGGCCCUACCAACGAUGGCUGAUUAUAUCACCACGGCCCACGCAGCCUCCCAGAACCGUAAUGACAUCUUCAAGCAGAAGGCCGAUGGUACCCUCAAGGGUCUCAUUCAUUUAGUUUCGAUGAACAUUUCCUUCUCGGCCGUUGGCCUGGCUAAGCUGGGAGCGGAGAAGUUCAACGAUGAGGUCUUCAAUGGUGGUCAGUUCAAGGACAUGACUGCCCCUUCGAGUGGCGAGUCAGAAGAAGAUCACCAAGGCCUUGAUCUUCAACAAGAAUGGGCUCCUGAGCUGAUGCCCAGCGGUGGUGGCAUCGACGGUUGUCUCGUUGUGGCCGGUGAUAGCCUCGAGAGUAUCGAUAAGUCAAUCAAGAAGACAUUCGAUUGGGUUUUCAACAUCGGAAACGAAAACCAAAGCAUCGACAAGGUCUAUACCAAGGUUGGCAAGGUCUUUCCCGACCAUCUUGAGCACUUUGGAUGGGUCGACGGUAUCAGCCAGCCCAUUGUCCACGGACUUGAUGAUGUCGUGAAGCAGAGCGGUGGCAAGGGAAUGAAGCCGGUGAAUCCAGGAGUCAUCAUUGUCGGCGGCGAAGGUGAUGAGAGCGACCACCCUGAAUGGGCCAAGGAUGGUAGCUUCAUGGUCUUCCGUAUUUACGAACAGCUGGUCCCCGAGUUCUACCACUGGUGUGCUUUCAACUGCCCUACUGGCAUUAAAGAGAUCAUGGAGGCACAAGCAGAGCAGAGGCCUAUAAGUUGGUCUGACGCGGCAAUGGAUGAAAUGGGCCUGUUCUCCUCGCGACUAAUUGGUCGCUGGCCUAAGGGUGCACCGAUGGAGCUACACCCCAGCGAUGAUCCAAACUACGGCCUCCACCAAUCCAAGGACCCGGAAGAGAACAAGAGACUUGUUGAAAUGAAAUUCGGACAAGAAGGGUUGGACCGAUUGAAGACAAUUAAGAUCAAGAACCUCACGGAUGAGUUCAACUACAAUCCAAUGGACCAGACCAAGUGCCCCUACGCCUCUCACAUGCGCAAGACUGGCCCCCGAGAUGAUUACGAAGAGUACACCAAGCAUGUCAUGAUGCGCCGUGGUAUCCCUUACGGCGAGUGGUGCGAGGAUGAAGAAAGAAAUGGUGGUGUCACGAAGGCGGAGCGUGGCCUUCUGUUUGUCUCCUACCAAAGCAGCAUUGACAAUGGGUUCCGUACACAGCAGAAACGGUGGGCCAAUACUUCUGACGGCCCAACAAACUUCGCGAAGCAGGCCGGAGGGAACAGCCAGGGAAUUGACCCUAUUAUCGGUCAAAUUCACCCGAAUCUCCUUGCGGAGAAGAAAGCUGGCGAGUUCAGUGCCAAAUACGCCACUGCUCCCAAGAUUGACUUCCCCACGCCGGUCUAUGGAGAAGUCGCACCUCAGGUCUUCGAUAAGUCACUUGAUUUGGCCCGGUUGUGUGUUCCCCACGGCGGAGAGUACUUCUUCACUCCUUCGAUUUCGGCCUUGAAGGACUACAUUCCGAGCAUCUAG